AUGCUUCUUGCCUGCUUUUUUAUAUUUUUUGCUCUUUUUCCUCAUCUUCGGUGGUGUAUGUAUGUUCCUGCACAGAACGUGCUUCUGCAGUUUGGCACACAAGUCAGGGAACGCCUGCUUUACACAGAUGGGUUGUUUCUUGAAAUGAAUCCAGAUGGCUCCGUCAAAGGCUCUCCUGAAAAGAAUCUAAAUUGUGUGCUGGAGCUGCGUUCAGUCAAAGCGGGUGAAACCGUCAUCCAGAGUGCAGCUACAUCUCUCUACCUCUGCGUCGAUGAUCAAGACAAGCUGAAAGGACAGCAUCAUUACUCUGCACUAGACUGCACCUUUCAGGAAUUGCUACUGGAUGGAUAUUCGUUUUUCCUUUCUCCACACACUAAUCUUCCCGUAUCGCUCCUCUCGAAACGUCAGAAACACGGCAAUCCUCUUUCUCGCUUCCUCCCUGUUAGCAGAGCAGAGGACAGCCGGACACAGGAGGUGAAACAGUAUAUUCAGGAUAUAAACCUGGACUCUGACGACCCACUAGGAAUGGGACAUCGGUCACACUUACAGACCGUCUUCAGUCCCAGUCUGCAUACUAAAAAAUGA